UUAGGCGUGCGUGGGAAUCUGGGUCCGACAGAAGCGGUGCCCGCGCGGCUACCCCAGCUGGCUGCCGGUGCGGAGCCGCCCGCCGCGCCAUGGGCCUCCUGUCGGACCCGGUGCGCCGGCGCGCGCUCGCCCGCCUGGUGCUGCGCCUCAACGCUCCGCUCUGCGCGCUGAGCUACGCAGCGGGCAUCGCCUGGUUCUUGGCGCUAGCUUUCCCGCCGCUGACCCAGCGCACUUACAUGUCGGAGAACGCCAUGGGCUCCACCAUGGUAGAGGAGCAGUUUGUGGGCGGAGAUCGCGCCCGGGGCUUUGCCCGGGACUUCGCUGCCCACCGCAGGAAGUCGGGGGCUCUGCCAGUGGCCUGGCUGGAGCGUACGAUGCGGUCAGUGGGGCUGGAGGUGUACACGCAGAGUUUCUCCCGGAAACUGCCCUUUCCAGAUGAGAUUCAUGAGCGCUAUAUGGUGUCCGGCACCAAUGUGUAUGGCAUCCUGAGGGCCCCACGUGCUGCCAGUACCGAGUCCUUGGUAUUCACUGUACCCUGUGGUCCAGACUCCACCAAUAACCAAGCUGUGGGACUUCUGCUGGCACUCGCUUCCCACUUCCGAGGGCAGAUUUAUUGGGCCAAAGAUAUCAUCUUCCUGGUGACAGAACAUGAUCUCCUUGGCACUGAGGCUUGGCUUGAAGCCUACCAUGAUGUCAAUGUCACUGGCAUGCAGUCAUCCCCUCUGCAGGGCCGGGCUGGGUCCAUCCAGGCAGCUGUGGCUCUGGAGCUGAGCAGUGAUGUGGUCACCAGUCUCGACGUGACUGUGGAAGGACUCAAUGGGCAGCUGCCCAAUCUUGACUUGCUCAACCUCUUCCAGACCUUCUGCCAGAAAGGGGGGCUGCUAUGUACACUUCAAGGCAAGCUACAGCCUCAGGACUGGACGUCGCUGGAGGGGCCACUGCAGAGUUUGCAGACACUGCUGCUCAUGGUCCUUCGGCAGGCAUCUGGCCGUCCCCAUGGCCCCCAUGGCCUUUUCCUGCGCUACCGAGUGGAGGCCCUGACUGUGCGUGGCAUCAAUAGCUUCCGCCAGUACAAGUAUGACUUGGUGGCAGUGGGCAAGGCUCUGGAAGGCAUGUUCCGCAAGCUCAACCACCUCCUAGAGCGCCUGCACCAGUCGUUCUUCUUCUACCUGCUCCCUGCUCUCUCCCGCUUCGUCUCCAUCGGCCUUUACAUGCCUGCCACCGGCUUCUUUCUCCUGGUUCUCGGUCUCAAGGCUCUGGAGCUGUGGAUGCAGCUACAUGAGGCUGGAGUGGGCCCUGAGGAGGCUGGAGGGACCCCUGGCCCUCGUGCCCUACUCCCCCCAGCACAGGGUGUGGGGCUGGCUUCACUUGUGGCACCCCUGCUGAUCUCCCAGGCCAUGGGCCUGGCCCUCUACGUCUUGCCUGUGCUGGGUCAACAUGUGGCUGCCCAACACUUCCCAGUGGCUGAGGCCGAGGCCGUGGUACUGACUCUGCUGGCAAUUUAUGUGGCUGGCCUGGCCCUUCCGCACAACACCCACCGGGUGGUGAGUGCACAGUCCCCAGACAGGGGCUGGAUGGCCCUGAAACUGGUGGCCCUGAUCUACCUCGCCCUCCAACUGGGCUGUAUUGCCCUUACCAACUUCUCACUGGGUUUCCUGCUGUCUGCCACCAUGAUACCUGCUGCUGCACUCACCAAGCCCCAUGGGCCCCGGCCACUCUAUGCUGCCCUGCUGGUGCUGACGAGCCCAGCAGCCAUGCUCCUAGGCAGUCUGUUCCUGUGGCAAGAGUUACAGGAGGCACCAUUGUCGCUGGCUGAAGGCUGGCAGCUUUUCCUGACAGCACUGGCCCAGGGUGUACUGGAGCACCACACCUUUGGCGCCCUGCUCUUCCCACUGCUGGCCUUGGGCCUGUACCCCUGCUGGCUUCUCUUCUGGAAUGUGCUCUUCUGGAAAUGAGGUCUAAUGCCUGGGCACAAAAGGCUGGGACAGGGUUCCCUGAGCUACUUUCUACCUCUUCUCUGAGAAAUAAACAAGUGCUCUGUUUUAACUGUUCUUUGGGCUCCUGGCCCACUGUCAACGCUGGGCAUGGGGUGGGCAUUCCUACACACCUCUUCCCUAGAAGGGUCACUCUAGUUCACUUAACGAGCAACAUUCCUGCAGGAGUUCAGACACCUGGAGACCACACAACACCAUCUUCA